GCCGGUAUGGGACAGAACCAGGACAAACCCGAAGGAGAAGAGCAGACCCUCGGUGAGGGACCGGAGCAGACAGGGCUGUACCCUGAUCCAGGAGGUGCCGGUAGUCUCACAGGUGAUGUCACUGAGGGAGGAAGUUCCUGCAAGGAGGAGCCUGCGAAUACCAGGGAACAUUCAGGGGAGCCAGACGCACAGGACCUGGAUGGGAGUCCCUGCCAAGAGGCUACAACUCUUUCUAAUGAAAAGCACAUACAUUUGUGGAUGAGUUCCUACGCUGCAAGGGAGGUGAGGCAGGGAGGGGCUGCAGGAAAGGAGGGGGGAGAAGGAGGCAGGAUUGCUCCAGCCGUUCCACAGGAGACAGACACGGACCGAAAGCGUGGCGCAAGGACUGAGGAAGGAGCCAGAGCGUACAAGCUUGUGAGUCAAGUCAAGCGAGAGGACAGGAUGGCUGAGGAGGAGCUUCCAACAUCCGCUAUCAUCAAGAUGGAGUCUCACGAUGACCGUGCCCAGGAAGAAAUUUCACAUAAAACCCACGGUCGUGAUACCUGCGGGGACGUAAACUUCCUGGAUGGCGACGAAAAGGAUUCUGCAGCCACGAGGAGCAACGAAUCUGCAGCUCCUCCGGGACAAAGUGAGUUUCUGUCUGUUCAGAUGCACGAUGAAACCACCACGGCUGAAGCAGAGAAUGAAGAUAUUAAACUCUCCGCAGGAACAGUGGGGAGUUUGAGCGGGGGGAAGGAACCACCUCCAGCUCAGCCCCAACAUCCUUUGAAAAACAGUCCGCAGAAAGAGUCUUUAUUGGGCAUGAGUGAUACCAUUCACGGCAGCCCCGAAAAGGAGAGAGCAGAGGAUAAUACAAAGGAGGAAACGUGUGACGUGAGGCCGGCUUUAAAUCAAAGCUCCUCAGAAAAAGCAAAGGUCACCCGAGCCGAUAUUCAAAUGGAGUCGGUGGGGCCACUAAAUCUGCAGAUCGAUGCAGGUGAAGCAACCACACGCCGAGAGACAGACUCGGCCCCUGCAUCAAACCCAGGCUCACCCACGGAGGCGAGCUCUAUUUUGGAGAAGUUACUGAAGAGAAACAGGAAGGAGGCAAACCCAGAUACUUCUACAAUGAAAGACGUUAACGUCGACAUCCAGGAGAAGCCAGAUGUUUCAGCGGUGUUGUAUGCAAACAGCAUUAGCCCGGUCAAAGGCCCCGGUGAAGGGCUGGAUCCAUCAGAUCGGCCCAAAAAGGGUAUCUUACCCUCCUCUGAGGAUUCAAAAGCAAACCUUGCAAUAAACAUUCACGGCAUUGAGGCCGUUAGCCUGAAACAGACAGACACAACGUCAGAUGGACUCUGUUUCAGGCCUGGGAUUGCCCAGUGCGAAAACACGUCUCUCGUCUCGGCAGAUGUUUCAGUCAGGGAAAAGAUGGAAGUAAAGCAGACCACGUGCCCCUCCAGAAUCCUGCCCCCAACCUCAGAAUCAGCUGUUUCAGCAGAAGGAGUGUCAUGUGAAAUGGGUGGUGUGAUCGCCGAGGAAUCUGCCUCUUCCUCCCUGUGUGAUACAAAGGCUCCGCCCACAAAAAGUCAUGAGGAAAAUGUAGAUUUAAGCCAGUCAGUUACUGACGAGGAGACGGACACCAGGGCUGUGAAAUCACUUCCCCAAAUAGAGAAUGAGAGUGGCAGCAAAGCUGAUUUGGAGUUUUGUGGAUCUGAGAAGGAGGCCACUCCCUCUGUGAUCACACAGAAGGUGGAGGCUUUGACUGAGGCCGCUGAUCCAGAUCCACAAGGACCAGUUACAGAGCAAAGCCAGCAGGUCACAAGCAGUAAACCUCACUCUGAAAUGACACCGAACACAGAACCUCCAACACCAGGCCACUCUGAUAAUAAAUCAGGCAAAGAGGCAGGUGACACUGUUUUAAAGAGAGACAAGUCCCAAAAUGCUCCCAAAACAAGGCCCGUCUCAGACCUCAUAAAGGAGACAAUUCAACUGCACGAGAAGCUGCAGCACCAGGACCGAGCGAAGCCAGCUGAAGUCAGGAUCGAAGAGCAGAGCCAGUCGGUGAAAGUGGCUCAGAUGAAGGCGGCUUUCGACUCCGCUCAGAAAUCGCCUGACAAACCAGUCGAGAGGAAGCCAUCGGUGAGAAGAGAUAUGAAACGAGUUGUACGGCAGAGCAAAUUCCGUCACGUUUUUGGCCAGCCGGCGAAAACUGACCAAUGCUACGACGACAUCCGGGUUUCAAGGGUCACGUGGGACAGCGCCUUCUGUGCAGUCAACCCCAAAUAUGUUGCCAUAAUUAUUGAGGCCAGUGGUGGCGGAGCCUUUCUUGUCCUCCCUCUUCACAAGACGGGACGCAUUGACAAAUCCUACCCCACAGUCUGCGGUCAUACAGGUCCAGUGUUAGACAUUGACUGGUGCCCCCACAAUGAUCAGGUCAUCGCCAGCGGCUCAGAGGACUGCACAGUGAUGGUGUGGCAGAUUCCUGAGAAUGGUCUUGUCACGUCCAUGUCUGAGCCAGUAGUGGUACUGGAAGGCCACUCCAAACGUGUCGGCAUCAUCACAUGGCAUCCAACUGCGCGUAACAUCCUACUUAGCGCAGGAUGUGAUAAUCAGAUCAUUAUCUGGAACGUGGGCACCGGUGAGGCCAUGAUUACCCUCGAGGACAUGCAUUCUGACAUGAUUUACAACGUGUGUUGGAAUCGUGACGGUAGUCUCAUCUGCACCGCCUGCAAAGACAAGUCCAUCCGUGUCAUUGAUCCUCGCAAAGGCCAGCUUGUUGCUGAAAAGGAGAAGGCUCAUGAUGGUGCUCGGCCCAUUAGGGCCAUUUUCCUGUCUAAUGGCAACAUCCUCACCACAGGCUUUAGUCGCAUGAGUGAGAGACAAGUAGCUCUCUGGAACGUUGAAAACAUGGAGGAGCCCAUGGCUGUGAAUGAAUUGGAUACUAGCAAUGGAGUGCUCCUGCCAUUUUAUGACCCAGACACCAGUGUGGUUUACCUCUGUGGGAAGGGGGACAGUAGCAUCCGUUACUUCGAAAUCACAGACGAAGCGCCGUAUGUUCACUUCCUCAACACCUUUGCCAGCAAGGAACCCCAGAGAGGCAUGGGCUUCAUGCCCAAGAGGGGACUUGAUGUCAAUAAAUGCGAAAUUGCGAGGUUCUACAAACUGCACGAAAGGAAGUGUGAGCCUGUUGUGAUGACCGUGCCAAGAAAGUCGGACCUGUUCCAGGAUGACUUGUACCCAGAUACCGCUGGCCCAGACCAUACCCUGGAGUCUGAUGAGUGGUUUGAGGGAAAGAAUGGAGACCCCAUCCUGAUUUCCCUCAAGAACGGCUACGUCCCUACAAAGAAAAGUGACAUCCAGGUGGUCAAAAAGAAUAUUUUAGACAAGACCCCAAAGAAGACUGAGAACUCAUGCUCUGCCAACAGGUCUGCCUCCCCAACUCCACCAGUCAAAUCCGAAGCAAAGCUGGAGGAGAUCUUGAAAGAAAUCAAGUCUCUCAAGGACCUGGUCAGCAGUCAGGAGAAGCGAAUCGUCAAACUUGAAGAGCAGAUGUCCAAAGUUGCCAUUUAAGAACCCUGUACCCAACCCACGACAAUUCAGGACUCUCAUUGGCUGGGGCUGGCGGGACCGGUCACUGUCUGUCUCCAUGACGGUGUUCGUCUGGGUCCUGCCAAGCAAUGAUCCCUAGCUACAUUCCAGAUUAACUUUUUUUUUUUUUUCUUAGCUAGCUCUCAAUCCUCAGUUUAACACAGGUGGAAUAAGGACAUUUGGUAAAUUUAGCAGAAAUGACACAAAUGCAAGGGACUUUCUUUUAAUCUGUGGCAGGCAUUUUUAUUUUGUCUGCUUGUGUAAUAAGGUCUUACAUAAUUAUUUUAGUUUAAGAAUAAAGGAGGAAAACUGUCAACAGUAGCCAUUUACUGUUGGAAGCCCAAAUGUUUUUUUUAUUAGGUUUGUUUCAUGUUACCCCCAAACUAUUAUGUUGCCAAAUUUUGUUUACACUUCAUUAACAGUAUUUGUUUCUUUCCCUUUGGUGGGAACAGUUAAAAUGCAAGCAGGGAUGUUGUAGACUGGUUAUCCAGCAAAGAGAAUUUCAUCAGAAAAAUAAAAUAGCUUCAUGAAAGGAAGAUCCAUAUGCCAUGCCCUAGAAGUAGAAGGAAACCCACAUUUUGCUGCCACAGCCUACACAAACUCUCGGAUGACAAAUUCUUGCUGUCUGUGUUGACUUUGCACAAAACCUGCUUUUUGCUGUUUCCCUUAAAUCCCAACGCUUCCCGUCAUUUUUUCUUUGGACGCGUUUGUCCAUGUAAACAUUCCUUUCUGUCUUGCUUCUCGAACAUGCAUGUACCUAUUGAACAAAAUGACAUUCCACAAAUCUCAUUGACACUUUUGGGUGGGGGUGUGUGUGACUAGUUUCUCUGAACACAUUACUGUAGUGACUCAGUAACACUGGUUGUUGUGACGUCUCAUGUGCUGCCCAUGCGAAGACCGGCUGUGGAUUUGUGUUAAGUGUUUUGUUUUUUUUUGGAAGGUCCAGUCAACAACCUCAUUGUUUUCUGCUCAACACACAACCGUAGUCAAGUUUUGUAGGACUAUUUCUGUCCUACAUUAUUACAAACCAGGAAUUAUUACAACAUGCAAGUGUUCGCACACUGUCUUGACCGUCUGGUGAUAAAACAGGGGACUGCUGCAGAAACUGCUUUACGAUCAGCCUUAAAGGCCUCGAGUGUGUAUGAAUAUGUGCCUCUCAGACAUUUGUGUUUUUCCUGUUGGAGGGGGUUUUGAGACAGACACCCAACACUUGGCUGUAUCAGAUGACCAUUAUUGGGUUAUUACUUUGCCGGUAAUUCUAGCCUGUUUCUUGUUCCAGCUGUGCUCACAUCCCUCCUUAUUUUUCUUGUAUUUGUUACAUGACCCAAAUCAGAACUGUUCACUUGUCCAUUGUGAGCUGUAUUGCUAUUAUAAAAGGCUCUAUUUUCUUGAAUUAGGUUUGGUUUCCUAGGGUGACGCUGAGACGGGUAAUGGCUUAGUCUGUUGUUUGCCUUCAAUAAUUGUUACCACUGUAAAGACCUGAAAGUGCCAUAGAGGUGACCAUGGAAGUGUUUGUAGAAGACUGUUGUGCGAGUAGAUUUGUUUAGUAAAUGGUAAAUUGAUAGAUGCCCAGGUGUAAAAUCACUGAGGUGCUGUAGUUCAUGCAAACACUAUGUUCAAUGACCCUGUUCCUAACGUACUGUAUGUCACCUGGAUGACCUCAAGAUGUCAACGCCUCCCAGCCGGACUCGUACCGUGGCCCUGGCGCUUAGAUAAUCUCCAUCUGGGUGCGGGUAAUCUGUAAUGAUGAUGAUGGACGAGACGACGUUGGCUAAACACGCCCGUUUGAGUCAUCGCGGUUGAAAGAUGCAAUUUGAGCAGUGAGUCGUAGAAUAUUAGUGACAGUGGCGCGGGUCCGAUGAGGAUUAUGCUGUGCUGCCAUGUUGUAGAUCAGACGUGCGGCCACUGUUUGGAUUCUCAGUAGCACUGUAGGCACGAGAGCCGUCUGAGGAGCAGUAGUGGAUAGAAAUCCAAAGGGACGCUGUAGGUUGGAGACGUGAAAGACAGAUGUAUGUUUGAAGUUAUGGUCUAGACGAGUGAAAGCUGUGUAAAUAACACAACUGUGUUUUCAGUUCUUUUUUUUUUUUUUUUUUUUUUUUUUUUUCUUUGGGUGGUUGUGCUGAGGGUGUCUGUAUGGGUGGUGGGUUUUAUGUUCCCCUCUUGUCUGUUCCGUGCACCUUGCCAUAAUGCGUCAUGAAAAAAAGCUGAAUCUCUUUUUAUAGUGGAGGUCGUAUGAAUAUCAAGGAAGAGAUGCGUAGAAAAGCGAACCAGGAGAAAUCCUCAUGUGGAGGUGUGCUCAGCAUUUUUUGUUCAUUUUUCUUGCUUCAAGUAUCAAACAUUGAUUUAAGACAACUUAAUAAAGAAUUUUUAAAAUGG